AGCGCCCGGGGCCGCAUGGCAGCGGAACCGGCACCGGCACCGGCACCGGCACCGGCACCGGCACCGACACCGGCACCAGCAGGAGCAGCGGGGCUCGGCGGCUCCUCCGGCCGCCCCGGCUCCUCCUCACCCCGGUCACAUGAGGCGCCCCGGCCGCUCAGAUCCGGUGCGGGCGGAGUCGCGGCCGGACCGGGCUGGCACCGGCGCAGCCCCGGCCCCGCGGGGUCCCGCUCCGCCUCUGUCCCGGUACCGGCACCGCAGGGUCCCGCUCCGCCUCUGUCCCGGUACCGGCCCGGGAUCCCGCUCCGCCUCUGUCCCGGUACCGGCCCGGGAUCCCGCUCCGCCUCUGUCCCGGUACCGGCACCGCAGGGUCCCGCUCCGCCUCUGUCCCGGUACCGGCACCGCAGGGUCCCGCUCCGCCUCUGUCCCGGUACCGGCCCGGGAUCCCGCUCCGCCUCUGUCCCGGUACCGGCACCGGCACCGCGGGGUCCCGCUCCGCCUCUGUCCCGGUACCGGCCCGGGGUCCCGGCCAUGCCCGGCUCCCGCUGCCCGGUGCUGCCGGUGCUGCGCUGGCUCCCGCGGUAUUCCCGGGCCUGGCUGCCGCUGGACGUGCUGGCGGGGCUGGCCGUGGGACUGACCGCCGUGCCCCAGGCGCUGGCCUACGCCGAGCUGGCCGGGCUGCCGCUGCAGUACGGCCUCUAUUCCUCCUUCAUGGGCUGCUUCGUCUACUGCAUCCUGGGCACGGCCAAGGACGUGACGCUGGGUCCCACGGCCAUCAUGUCCCUGCUGGUCUCCUCAUACGCCUUCCACGAGCCCGUCCAUGCCGUUCUCCUCGCCUUCCUCUCUGGCUGCAUUCAGCUGGCCAUGGGGCUCCUGCACCUCGGAUUCCUUCUGGAUUUCAUUUCCUGCCCUGUCAUUAAAGGGUUUACAUCAGCUGCUUCCGUCACCAUUAGCUUCAACCAGAUCAAGCUGCUGGCACCCGGGACACCGGCAAAACCAGGAUAUUGUCUUUGGUCACUCGCAGGAGGCACUGGGUGGUUCCCUGGCACGAACAUCCUGGGGCUGCAGGGGAUCCCGAGGCAGUUCUUCCUGCAGGUCUAUGAGACGCUGCGGAGGAUCGGGGAGACCAGGGCUGGGGACGCUGUGCUGGGGCUGAGCUGCCUGGCUGCGCUGGCAGGGCUCCGGGCCAUGAAGAACCACCUGCCUCGAGCCUCCCCUGCAGGGCCACUGGCUGUCAGGAUCAGCUCCCUGAUUGUGUGGAUCUGUGCCACAGCUCGCAAUGCUCUCGUUGUCCUGUUUGCUGGCCUGGUGGCUUACUCCUUCCAGGUGAUGGGCUCCCAGCCCUUCCUGCUCACCGGCAGCAUCCCGCAGGGCCUCCCCGCCUUCCGGCCGCCACGCUUCUCCCUGGCAGCGCCCAACGGCACCGUCCCCUUCCAGAGCAUGCUGCAGGACAUGGGGGUCGGGCUGGCCGUGGUGCCGCUCAUGGGGCUGCUGGAGACCGUGGCCAUCGCCAAGGCUUUCGCCUCACAGAAUGGUUACAGGAUUGACCCCAACCAGGAGCUGCUGGCUCUGGGCGUCGCCAAUGUCCUGGGCUCCUUCGUCUCCUCGUAUCCCAUCACGGGCAGCUUUGGCCGGACGGCGGUGAAUGCUCAGUCAGGGGUCUGCACCCCCGCGGGAGGGCUCGUCACAGGUGCCCUGGUCCUGCUGUCCCUGGCGUACUUCACCUCUCUCUUCUGUUACAUCCCCAAAGCGGCGCUGGCCGCUGUCAUCAUCUCGGCCGUGGUGCCCAUGUUCGACGCCGGCAUCUUCCGCACGCUCUGGCGGGUUAAGAGGCUGGACCUUGUGCCCCUCUGUGUGACAUUCCUGCUCUGCUUCUGGGAGGUUCAGUAUGGAAUCGUGGCUGGGGUGCUGGUUUCUGGGAUUCUCCUGCUCUACUCCCUUGCCAGGCCCCCAAUAAAGGUGUCGGAGGGGGCGGUGCUGCUGGUCCAGCCGGGGAGCAGCCUGCACUUCCCAGCCGUGGAGCACCUGCGGGACGCGGUGUGCAGCCGUGCUCUGGCAGCAGCAUCUCCACCACGCUCCGUCAUCCUGGACUGUUGCCACAUCAGCAGCGUUGAUUACACGGUGGUGGUGGGGCUGGCGGAGCUGCUGCAGGAGCUGCGCAGCCACGGCCUCUCGCUGGCCUUCUGUGGCCUGAAGGACCCUGUUCUCCAAGUCCUCCUGUCUGCAGACUUAGAAGGAUUCCAGCAUUUCCCCAGCUGGGAGGAGGCAGAGCGGAGCAGGGGAGCGGAGCUGGGGGGCAGCGGGGCAGAGCCCUUCACCAGCACUGCCGAGAGCACCGGGCUCAUCCAGUGACACCAGCUUGGGCUGAACGUGCUGGGACACCCCAGGGACACCAACAAUGCUCCGUGGGAGCCACCUGCCCCAGCCAGGCCUCCUGGACACCGAGAGCAGAGCCAGCCCAACCCCACACGGGCUGGGGGACAAAACUGUUCCCUGUCACAGUGACCAGUGCAAAGCCCUCCUUCCUCCAGGGAGCUGCUGCUGUUUUUUAAAGAACUGUUUUAAUUCUGGACUCUUUUCAUGCUCUGGGCCGCUCCAGUGAUGACUCAGGGCGUGAUUUCGUCAAAGUUAUUUCAGGGCUGCCUGUGCUGCCCUCCAUGCGGACAUGGGGGCUCAGCCUCCGGCUGCUGGGAGAGGGAAAACAUCUGGGGUUGUGGUCCCGACUGAUUUUUAUCCUUACUAAUUCUUAUCUUUUUUAUCCUUGUCUGUGGGGUGUUGUGCCAAACCCUGUCCAGGCUCUGGGCUGGGCUGUCACCCUGGGGUGCAGCCCCUGGCCUGGGCCCUGCCGAGGGGACAGGCACGGUGGCACCGGGCUGUGCCCAGCUGUGCCAUGGGGCCAGCACCUGCUGGGCAAUUCAGUUCCCCUGAAGAGCCCUCGGGCGACGGUGAGGGUGUAAUAAAUCAGAAAUUGCUAAU